GCACAAGUCUGGGAGGUCUGUGUGUGAACUGAGCCUGCCCUCCUUCCUUCCCCUGUGUUUUGUGUCUGGAAGGAAGAAACACCAGCAGCUCCAACCUGGGCAGAACUUCGGGGAAGAUGCAGCCUCUCCUGCUCCUGAUGGCCUUUCUUCUGCCCACCGGGCUGGGACUGCCUUUUCUUACAGAGGAGAUCAUCGGGGGCCACGAGGCCAAGCCCCACUCCCGUCCCUACAUGGUGUUUGUUCAGCUUCUGGAUAAGGAGAGUAGGAAGAGGUGCGGCGGUGUCCUCGUGCAAAAGGACUUUGUUCUGACGGCUGCUCACUGCAGAGGAAGUUUAAUCAACGUCAUCCUGGGGGCCCACAACAUCAAGAAACAGGAGAGGACCCAGCAGAUGAUCCCAGUGAGACGAGCCGUCCCCCACCCAGACUAUGAUCCUAAGAGCUACUCCAAUGACAUCAUGUUACUGCAGCUGGAGAGAAAGGCCAAGGGGACUGCAGCUGUGAGACCCCUCAGCCUGCCCAGGCACGAGGUCCAGGUGAAGCCAGGAAAGGCGUGCAGUGUGGCCGGCUGGGGGCAGGUGGCCGUGGGCACUCUAACCACCACCCUGCAGGAGGCAGAGCUGACGGUGCAGGAGGAUCCAGUGUGCAAAUCCCUCUUCCCAGCCUAUUACAGCCAGGCCACCCAGAUUUGCGUGGGGGACCCGAGGAAGGUGAAGACUGCCUUCAAGGGUGACUCCGGCGGGCCCCUCGUGUGCAAAAACGUGUGCAAAGACGUGAUCCAGGGUAUUUUCUCCUAUGGAAAAUCAACCGGGACAUCUCCAGGAGUCUUCACCAAGGUCUCACACUUCCUGCCCUGGUUAAAGAGAACAAUGAAGCGCCUCGAACAGCAGCUUGAGACUGACCUUUCUCUCUGCUGACCAUCAUUCUGGGGCAGCAGCAAGAAUCCCAUAGGGGUUCGCAGUGGGAUCACGGGGCCACAAUAAAUGGAUCUGUAGCGUGA